UUUUAAUAAAAUACGUACGUCAAUCCCACAAGUCAAUCACAAAUCAAAUCUGAAGAAAAAGUCAAAAUGAUUUCGACGAAUCGACAAAAUUUGGAACCAUCAAACCACGACGUGUAUCAUAACGCAAGGAUGAGGCAGUUAGUCAACCCAGGGUCUGGAGAUAAUGCAAGAGUUGGUUCAGAAUCAGUUGAUCGGGAAGUGUAUCUAGCUAUGCGUAGAAGCAACAAAGUUCCCAACUUACCACUUUCCAAGGGGUACAGAAAGUGCAACAUCUGCUCGUCUACUUACAAAGUGAGGUCGAACCGGCGCAAAUGGUGGAAAAUAAAAGGAACUUCUUCAACUAUAGAUCAUCACUUCAUAAGGUAUGAUGAUGAGGUCGAAUUCAGUUAUAAGUGUGGGUCAAAAGUGGAGUCGAUUGUGUCCUUCUUCCUUAUGUUAUUCCUGCUUGUUGUACUGUUUCUAACCGUAUUUUGGAUUCUACAUUAUCGCGAGGGCCUCCAAUAUCAACACUCCAUAAAUAGACUAUUUAAUUGGCAUCCUAUUCUUAUGGUAUCCGGAUUCGUUACGAUUUCUGGUUUCUCCAUAUUACUCAAUAAACUACGCAUCUGUAUGAAACCGAAUUACGUGAAUCUGCUACAUGCACUACUCACUCUGAGCGUCAUACCCUUGGCAGUGCUAGGAUUGAUUUGCGUUAUGGAUUCUCAUAAUAUCUCACUCCCUCCUAUAGCGAACUUCAAUUCACUGCAUUCGUGGAUUGGCCUGGCAACAAUGGUCUUGUAUGGAUUCCAAAUAGUUUUUGCAUUCUUUAGUUAUUUCGCACACAACACUGCUGAGGGGAGCUGCUGCAAUGCACCAACUUCUGUUGUUAGAUUGCACAAACUGAUGGAAGUCUUUAUUUUCACCUUGGCCACCAUUACUUGUAUUACAGGAUUAAGUGAAAGAAUUUUACGAGAUGAUGGCAGUGUCGACUGGUCCUGUGAAAAGAUCUAUAAAAAUUGUUUGGGCAUCGUCAUCCUGGUAACUGCAUUAGUACUGAUCCUCUUUAUAACAUUUUCAAAAAGUUAAAACAUUUUGGAUAAGCGAUAAUAAUUGUAUAGCGAAUUUUCAACGGAUCCAUGAUGAGUUUUAAAUAUUUUUCUAUUUAUUCAUAAGAUGUUUUCAUUUAAAGUUUACGUUUUCAUCGAGAUCACUACACAACGAGACAACACCCAAACUUGAAUCAUAAAUGCCCCUUUUCCUUCAAAACUACUUGAUUUCCUAAACAUUUUGCAAAGAUGUUCGCUAUCUAAUCUUUUCUUUUCCUCUCUAUCUAUCAAAUCCAACCAUCACUCUAAAUAAAA